GGCGACGGAUGUGUUCGAUAUGACAGGUGGUUAAAGCGCGAUGUAAUGGUUCGGACGCCCGUAAAGGAAACAUGGGGUAUUGUCUUUUACGCGGUGUCCUUUUCGUGGCCCUGGCGGCUUGGACGUCAGCAGACGACGGAACGGUGACAUUUGUCUCAGAGCUCUCGUCCAAACCAGCCCAGAAGUUGUCCAAGUAUGGUUGGUAUGGCAACGUGAGGCUGCAGAAGUUUCACAUACCAGAGGAAACGGCCGUCGCUCGCUGGCUGUUCUCCGUCACCAAGGGCCACACGUUCCACUGUGGGCAGCAUAACGUCACCAUCUAUAUUCAAUAUGGUGCCCCUCCAGUCAUCAACCCGACAGAGACGGUGUUUCCAAAUGCAACCCUAUGGAGCCCCUGUCUGUCUUUGAUCCUCCCCGUGACUUCACAAAGCUCAAUGACCUUUAACCUCUCCAAUCCUGCUCCCGGUGAUUGGUAUAUUGGUGCCCACUUGCCCGAAGAUGAUGGCCGCAUAGAGCAGAAGGGCUUUCCGUCUUGCUCCUACUUCUUCCAGCCUCAGCUGUCAAUCAGGAGAGCAGUGGAUACACCCAUUUUACAGCCAGACACGAUCAUCCAGCAGACCGCAGCGCCAGACAGACCUGCUCGCCUUAAGUUGUAUGUUCCAGAGUUCGCCUCCUCUCUCUCCGUCUCUGUGGCUGACUGUUCGUCAGAGGACGGAGCCGACAGUGGAAACUGUUCCCUGGUCCUCAGGCUUGGCUCUACUUCCCUACAGCACCGCCCAGUAACAGUGAACUGCUCGGGGUUUGGCUGCUCUGCAUCUCUUACCAACCCACCUUGGGACACCUGGUUGCGAGUUGUCGUGGAGAGCAGACUUGACAACCGCACUGUGACCUUUACUAUCGCCUCAAACUGCACAGUGGGGUGCAAGCCAAAGAGUGUUGGCCUUGAAACAGAUGACGACAUCAGCAGGCUGCGAGGCAACAGCAGCUCCACCGACUCGACAGCAGCGAGCAACGACUCCGUGAUUGCAGACCCGGUCACCUCGAGCAACGGAUCGGCAUCGGCGUGUGUGUGGAGCAUCCCCGUGAUCCACGAGGAGGUGGACGUUCUGUCGCUCCGAUUCACACCCGCCAGCGGGGCCAACGUCAGCGUGACCGAUGCUCACCCCACACUGCUGGUCUAUCCCCUGUACACACAAGCCACCGGGGGAACACUGAACCUACAGCUCACACUCAACACUACUAAUGUGACCCUGGGAAACAGCAGCAGCGUGGUGGCCUGUCUCUCUCCGAGGGCUCCCGUCCUCCAGCUCAACCACUCCCAAUCGUGUGGCACAGCUUUGUUUGGAGGGUACAGCCUUCGUGUGAAUGCCAGUGAUCCCAAAGCUGUGGUCCGACUCCCUUUUCCUCAGUCAACAACAUGGUACCUCACCCUGCAGCUUUUAUGCUAUAGCAAUGACUGUGGUAAUACUUCGUCGGUGUCUGUGGUGCCAGAGGUGUUCAUUAGUGCCUGUGUAGAGGACUGUGGGACAUACGGUGAAUGUCGAUUGCUGAGAUCCUACAGCUACCUGUACGCUGCCUGCGUCUGCAAGGCUGGCUGGAGCGGUUGGGGCUGCACCGAUGACUCGGCAGCUCAGUCGUACAGUCGCCAGUUGACAGCGACGCUGCUGCUCACGCUCAGUAACCUUUCCUUCCUGCCCGCCAUCGUGGUGGCCAUCAAACGCUUUUACAUCACUGAGGCCGCCGUCUAUCUUUUCACCAUGUUCUUCUCCACGUUUUACCACGCGUGUGACCAGCCAGGUGUAGCAGUCAUGUGCAUAAUGGACUACGAUGCCCUACAAUACUGUGACUUCCUGGGCUCAGUCUGUUCCAUCUGGGUCACCAUCCUCUGCAUGGCUCGCAUCAGACACGCAUUCAAAUAUUCUCUGUUCAUGCUCGGGGCUUUGCUCAUAGCCAUGUCAAUGCAGCUGGACCGCAAAGGCCUCUGGAACCUGUUGGGUCCCGUCCUCUGUGCCGUACUGUGCAUGGUCACUGCCUGGGUGUACCGAGGAGUGCAGCGACGUCACUGUUACCCGCCGUCGUGGAGACGCUGGGUCCUCUUCCUGAUUCCCGGGGCAACCUGCGCCCUCGUCGGGGUAUGUUUGUACAUUUUCACGGAGACCGAGGACAACUACUACUACACGCACUCGCUGUGGCACCUCCUGGUGGCCAGCUGCGUGGUGUUCCUGCUGCCGCCGAAGGAGAAGAACAGGGAGGCGUCGGGCUGGAGCAGGGGAUGGAGCUGGAGCUGGAGACCCCGGGUUUGUGGCUACACGCUCUGUCAGAGCGACAAGGACGAACUCUACACCGUGACAUAGUAGGACAGGAGAUGCUGCGAGGAAGCAAAGGGACACAUUCACACAAGGUAAAAAUAUAUCAGUUUGGGAGACUCUUUAAAGACUUUGAAUGAAUGAAUAUAUUUUAAUAUCUUGAAUCAAACAUUUGAAAAUCAAAUUUUGACCUAUAUUCUCGUAGGCUUUCAAUUGUCACUCUUUUAUUUAAAUGAAAUAAAUCGUUGUCUUAAAUAAUCACACACACACACACUACUUGACUUCAUCCAAAUCAAAUCUGCUGAAACCCUUAAGGGGGUCCCUUCACGAAACUAAGGAUAGGAACAUUAAAACCUCCAGGUGGCACACCCCCUGACCUUUGACCUUACGAUCAGGUGCCUGUCCUCGACUUACCGCUUUUCCCACUAAGCGCCCGACUCGGUAGAUCGACCGAGGUCUGUGCGCGCGCUCACGCGUGACCAAUCUCGAGUCUAUUCGCUGGAGCAGCAUAUUGUACAAAGAGCAAGAGCAAAAUUAUAUUAAACACAUACAAACAAGUGAAGCACAUCUACACAACGUGGGAGGGACGUCGCUGACUACGUGAACGUGUAGAGCAAGUGAUGUCAACGUUCACUCAUUAGUGCCACAGAGCACCUGAAGUUAUGCCGCUCUCUCCCCAGAUGGUGGAUUGUAGUGCAGUUUGCUGGGAUUCCUACAUAUUGCGUGUGUACAUGUAGGCUGUGAAAUUAUUGUUUAAAAGGAAACUACUUUUUAAUCUUUGUAUCCAGCUUAUUACUGAGUCCGCUGAUGAAGUAUACAAUAAUUGUAUAUAGUCGGCGUAGACGCUUUUUCUGAACUUUUAUUUAAAUUGUUUUCACACAGGCCGGCGUGAGUUGUGCUUGAUGACUAAAUUAAACAACCUUUUAGAAUAGUUAAUAGUUAAAAUAGGUUUAGCUGUAGCUUUGUCCUUCCUACCAGCCGAUGAGCUUUUUAUCUUCAAAGUGUAGAUUGCUUACCAUGUCAUGCCUUCCCACAAUGCACUUCUUUACGUACUGUAGACCUGUAGUAGGAGGCACGGCGUUGUAUGCAUUAAGCACCUUUUCUUGUCUACUCUCCGCUCUCUUAUCAUCUCCUGUUUAUUUUCCCACUCCAAAAUGUUAACCGAUCUUACCUUUUAACUUUUAUCCUGAAGCACUUUUAUUAUUUAAAAAGCCAACUCCACUAUGUGCUGUAUGUAGCUCCCAUGUGUAUGAGUGGUCACUAUGAAUGUAUGUAUCAGGUAACUGUGUCCAGUGCCUCAUCUUUUCUGUCUCUGUAUGAACGUGCGCUGCAUCAGUGAAGCUACUGAGCACUUUCUGUGUUUUAUUCAAUGUGCAACAUAUAGAAUGUCUGUGUGUUUUAUUCGAGGCGCCCGAUGCAGUGGUGAUUUUCUCGUUGUGAUUUUGCACCGGUUCAAAUUGAACACUUCUGUCAGCCUUCCUUUUUUCUUUUUUCUUAUUUUUUUUUAAUAUUGUGUUUUACUCUUGUGUGAAUCCCCUUUGAUUAAGAGCGUGAAAGUCAUUUCACUACUACACCACGCUGUGGCUCUCAUGCGUGGAAGGAUGAAAAAAUGUGAUGUUCAACCUAUAACAAGAAUUUACUUCCUUUUUAUUUUUCCUUUUCAAUCUAUUAAAAAAUCCAGACAACAUUCAGCUCACUAAAAAAUAAAUCUGUGGUAUGAAGA